AUGAAUAAUGAAAAGAGCAAUAAUUGUUAGAAUUAUUAGAUAAUGAAUGCAGAUGAUUAUAAAAAGUAUGCAUUCGAAUAUUAUCUUAUUUCAUAGGUUAGUAGUGAUAGAAUAGAUUAUGCCUAACUUCUAUCAAAAUAAGAUGACAAUAUCUAAAAUCUUGAAACUAUCAUAGUAUACUAGAAUAAACACAAUUAAUGUAAAAAGGAGUUACCUUAAGUGUUAAAGAAUUUCGAAAAAUGGAGUUUUCCCCAAGGAGUCAAACUGAUAUAGCAAUCUGAUCCGAAAUUUAAAAUGUUAGAUGACUUUUAUCACGACCCAUAAGCAAAGUUAGGUUCUAAUAUACAUGAAAUAAACUACUUCGUGGUUACUGAUUUAGGAACACUGCAAAAGUAUUAUUGCACAUCAGCUUAUUUUUAUGAAAAGAUUAUUUUUGUUGAUAAAAAUGAGCAACCACAUUAGUUCUAUAUCCCUAAAUCUCAUGUGAUAAUGUCAUGUGCUCCUUUCUUUUGUGCUUAGAAAAGUCUAAUAGGAUAUCUUUUGCAUGUGCACAGGAUGAAACAGAGCACUGAAUAAGACAAAAUAAUACAAGUUACUUAAGAUGAGAAAGUUUAUGGAAUAGAGUAAUCAAAGCUAUUUGAAUAUUAUAUUUAAUACACUUAUGAUAACUGUAUGAUUUAGGAAGCAAAUGAAAAAGUGUAGCUAAAAUUCCACACAAAUGAUAAAUUUUUGCUUUAUUACACUAAAAACAACAUCAAUAAUAUGUUUUAUUCAAUUGUAAACCCUUCAAAUAACUUUUUUGAGAGUCUUAUGUUCAGUUAGAGUCCUUAUAAUUUAUUAAAUUUAGUAACAUAUAUUCUUCUAGAAUAUCAAAUAAUCCUAGUGUCUAAAAGAACCAAUUCUCUUACUCUUUUUGCUGAAAAUCUCCUAGAGUUGAUAAAACCACUGUUUUGGAGAGGAGUAUAUAUUCCGAAUUUAGUCGUUCCAAGUAUUUUUGAUUACGAAAAUACCAAAUUGCCUUACAUUAUUGGGUUUCACAGAAAAGACUUUAAAUCUGUUGAGACAGAUAAAAGUUAAGAAUCUAAUUAAUUAAAACAGAAUAGAGUUGUUUAUGACAUUGAUGAAAAUUCUUUUCUUUAUAUAAAUGAAACCUAAGCUAAUCCUUCUCCGAGAAUUCCUCUUGUUUACAGAAAUUACUUCAUUAGGAAAAUAAAUUUGAUCAUUGGAGACAUUAAAUUUUACGAAGAAGAAUAUUUUAGCCAAGCAAUAUUAAGAUACAAGCAGUUUUUUUAUGAUUUCAUCCUCUUAAUAUUUCACGAUCUUUUUAUGUACUUCAGCAAUGAAGAGCAUGAAAAAGGUAAACACACUAAAUGCAAAAGCAACGGAGAAAUUUAAAACCAAUCGACAAAGGCUGAUCCACAAGUUUAAACAACAGCUUCGACAAAUUAUUUUUAAAAAAGCUUGAAUUGUCUUGAUUAGCAGUAAAGCAUUGGAGGAACUAAAUAAAUUGGCAAUAGUGAAAAAAACUCUAAAAGUUCAAAGAAAAUAGUUUAUUUUAAUUACAAGAAAUACAUUGCUUCAUACGAAGAAAGAGACCAGCCAUUCUUUUCACUUCUUUCCAAAACACUUAUAUUCAACGGGCUUAUCAAAGAUUGCUUUAGAGCCAUGGAAUUUAGAGAGGAAUUUUUUUCUAAAGAAAGAAAACAAUAAUAUGAUUAUAAUUUUGGGAGUGUGAUUUGUUUUAUAGAGGAUGUCAAAUUUCUAUCCAACAGAGCUACAGACGAAGUAACAUUGAAUGAUAAAAUAAAAGAGCUGGAAGACACUCAGCAUAAAAUUAUAGCAGAAUAACUUUCUGGCUCACCUAUGGUAGAUAUUCAGCUAAAUGCAGAUAAUGGUUUAGUAGAUUAUUUAGAAAGCCUUUUUAGAGUAAGCUCCAGACCUGAUAGUUAUGAGAGAUUGCAUUCAACUAACUAAUAUUCUAGUUAUUUAUCUAGUUUUCUCAACAAUCCCUUUGAUAUUUAAAAGGAAAUUGUUAACAACUAAGGAAGUAAACAAAAAAUAGUUGUUUGCAGUAAUCUAAAUGCUAUUGAAAACCUCAAAGAAGGAGCAGAUUAAAAUUUUUAAACGAAAGAACAAUUUUUAAAGCAAUAUUCGAUAGAAAGGCACAAUAAAAAACCAUAAAACAGCCAAAAAGAGAAUAAAAAUCUAGGAAAAAUACAAUCAGAUUUUAAUGAGGAAAAUUGGCAAAUAAAUACAUAGUCGAGUGAAGACAUAACAGUUGAUACUAAUAGAAACAACAUUAAAUCAUUUAUGAGCUAAAACAUAAGAGAACUCUCAUUGUAUCAUAAAACAAACAGACUUAUUAAUUACUAAAAGAUAGACGAAGAUGAAUUAUACUAAAAGAAAUAUCAAAACAAAUUUGACGGAUGUUCGACAGCUUUCGAAGUUCAUUCCACUAAUUCAGCUUAUAUUAAUAAUAAACUCAGCAGAAAAAAUUCUUUCAAAGAAUUUGCAAAAAUAAGCAAUGAGCUAAAUCUUCUUCCUACGAUGGGAAAGAGCCAAUCUAAUUAAAAAUCUAUGACUUCAAUAUUACCUCUUCCUGAAGAUCUUAUGUCAGCCAACGUCGAAAAGUGA